UUCGUCGUCACUCGUUCGAUCACAUGUCGCUUAUAGUGGCUAGAGAAAGUGCCUUGCCUUCAAUCGCCAUUUGUACCGUCCACCUGCCACUGCUGGUUUUAGUCUCGCUUUGGCCUUCGUUGACUGACCAUCGUUUGAAAAUAAACGAAAGGCAUUGUAAGAGACCGAGGAGGUGCGGCGUUUCGAGAAAAACAUACGAUGACACUAUCGUGAACGUCAAAUAUUUGUGCUGUCGUGUUCACGAGAGAUACGAAAGCUUCCCAAGAACUUAGGAAAACGAUGUUGCAAAUGAUAUUCUGGUUGUUGAUCGGUUUGCUGCUCCUCUGGCUGCUCCUGGAUUAUGUCAGCAAAAUUGUCAGCAUUCUAUGGGAGAUUCUCUCGCCGAUAAUCGACCUAAAACCGGUCGAUCUGAAAACAAAAUUCGGCGAAUGGGCAGUGGUGACCGGGUCCACCGAUGGGAUCGGUAAAGCGUACGCGAAAGAAUUAGCCGUGAGAGGUAUAAACUUGGUGCUAAUCAGUCGUUCCAUGGAGAAAUUAGAGAAAACCAAAAACGAAAUCUUACAAGAGAAUCCAACGAUCGAAGUGAAAGUAAUCGUAGCGGAUUUCAGCAAGGGAAAAGAUAUAUUUGAAAAGUUGAGAGAACAGCUGAAAGAUAUUCCAAUUGGUAUCUUAGUGAACAACGUGGGUAUGAUGUAUAGUUAUCCGAUGUAUUUCGGAGAAGUUCCAGAAGACGAAUUAUGGGACAUUAUAAAUAUUAACGUUGGGACUACCACGCUAAUGACACGAAUAGUCAUCGGACAAAUGCAGAAACGUGGAAAAGGCGCCAUCGUCAACGUGUCAUCCGGUUCGGAAUUCCAACCGUUGCCGUUAAUGACCGUAUACGCUGCGACGAAAGUUUACAUCAAGAGCUUCUCCGAAGCGCUCAGAACCGAGUACUCCAGAUUUGGAAUAACUAUACAGCAUUUGACUCCAUUUUUCGUGAACACGAAAAUGAACGCGUUCAGUGACCGGCUACAGGUAUCCAGUAUUUUAGUGCCUAAUGCGGUAACUUAUGCCAAAAAUGCGAUCACCACGCUUGGGAAAAUGGAUUCGAGCACGGGCUACUGGGGUCAUGGGAUUCAAAAGAUUUUCACGCUAUCUGCGCCAGUACAAAUAAGAACGAAAAUUGGAUGGAUUAUAAAUAAAGGUUUCAGACAAGAUUAUUUCAAGCAGAGGAGGAGUACCUAGACAUCAAACUAUCUUAUGUUUAUGCUUAUGCUCACUACC